UGUGAUCCAAUGGAGGCAGCUGUAUUAAACCCCGCGAUCAUGACGGAGGUGGACUGCAACAGCAACACCCUGAACGCAGAGCUGGAGGUGAAGAAGCUGCAGGAGCUGGUCCGUAAACUGGAGAGGCAGAAUGAGCAGCUGCGGACCCGGGCGAGCGGCUUCUCAAGCGGCCCACAUGUGCUGUCUCUACCUCCUGGAUGCGUCGGGGGAUACUGCCUUCCCAGUCCGCCUCCAACCCUGCUAUGCCAGACGUCCUUGGGGUCAUUGGCGCUCCCACCAGACGAGCCUUUCGACUAUCUCCAUCCGCACACAGCCGGAGAUGGAGAGGCUGAUGCGGGGGAAGAGGAGGAGGAAGAUGAGGAGGUGGACGUGUCGGAGCUGUCGGUGCUGGAUGAGUUGGAGCUUUUGGAUUUGGAUUCGCUAUCAUGCUCAGAGGAGGCUGAAGAAUCAUGGUUGUAUACUUCACCAAAAGCCAUAGAGUCCCCAGAUAACUGCCUCACACCUCUGCAGUGGUGCCGGCAGGUCCUGGACAGUCCCAAAUCGGAGGUGGAGGCGGCGAGGCGAUCGCUAUCCCUGAGACUGGAACAAGUCUCCAGGUGGCGUAGCUCACUGUCCAGCCCCUCUCCCUCCUCCUCCCCCGGUCCUCCCUUGAGUCGAGUUGCUGGGGUGUCACCCAUCAGCACCUCCCCUUCAGCCAAACCCUGUACUACUCCCCAGUCGUCCGAAAGACACGCUCCAUCCUUCUCCUCCCCGCUCCACCUGAUGCUCCACCGGACGUUGAGCCCCGUGGGGAAGGAGCUCUCCCCCGUGGCCGAGAGGACUCCCACGUUCCUCUCUAACCUUGCCAAUCGCAGCCGCAGUCUCCGGCGCUCCGCCCUCAGUCCACAGUCAUCCAUGGACAGUGACCUUGGUGCUUCAGAGGCAGAGGACGACUCCAUCACUCUGGGAUACAAACUGCAAGACCUCACAGACGUCCAGGUUAUGGCCCGGCUGCAAGAAGAGAAUCUCAGAGCCCAUCGCUACUUCAGCUUCAUUAACCCCAGGAGGUGAUAUGUGUGUGUGUGUGUGUGUGUCUCUCUGGCUCUGUGUGCGUGUGUGUGUUUUGCACGCUGGUCCUCAUAUCUCGCUCCCCCAGGUCUAAGGCAGGACUACGCCAGCACGACGUCCAUCCUGGCCAACCGCCGCAGCCAGAGCUUCUCCUUCCAGCUCAGCCAGCUGAGCGCUGGCCCCGACCUGGAGGAGGAAGACGAGGAGGACGACGAAGACUACGGCCUCCUGCCCCCUCCGCAGCCACGCCUCACCCGUCUGCCUCACUCCCACACCUUCGCCAGCAUUCGAGACUGGCGAAGAAGCACCAGCUCCCUGUCCACCCCUCCUUCCACCCCAUCCACAUCCCCGUACCCUUCCGCUGGGUUCGCUUUGCAACCUCAGGCCCACACCCAGCUCCAGGGUCUGGGACUGGGCAGCCCCUGCGCAGCCGACCUGCAGGGAUUCAGACCAGGAUCAGAUAAGCUGCGGAGGAGCAUGCCUAACCUUGUCAGAGCUCCCAGCAUGCCAAGUGUGCCCAUUCCAACCAAUCCUAGUGCUUCCCCUUCUUUGCUUCGUAACAGCCAGAGCUUUGAUUCGUCCAGCGGUCUGGCUCGCCUGCAGUCCUCCAUCCCCUCCCCAGGCCAGCUGCAAAACAGAGUCCAGAGCGUGGGGAACUUUUCCUCGUUGUCACGGCAACCCCUAAAAGCCACUGCCUACGUCAGUCCCACCAUCAAAGGCUCGGCCACCAUGCCUAUUUCCACCAGCCUCCAGUCGCUAAACUGCAGCAGUGGGACUAACAGCGGGAUCCCAAUGCUCAGUAAAUCACCAGGCGGAGGGGCGAUGCCCACCUCAGCCCCGGGCACGCCUCGCAGCAGCCUGCCACGCCCCACCUCCUUCAUCGGUACACCAAGCCCCACCCCCCGCAGCAAAGCAGCCCAACCAGCACGCAGUUUACUGACACCUCCAAAGAGCUUGUCCACCUUCAGUGCCCUUCGUGACAGCACCUGGAGAGAUGGCUGCUACUGACGAAUGGAUGAACUGGUGCAGUAGUAGUACCCCGCUGGCUGGGGUAACUCACUGCACCUCAACAUCAAAGUUUUCAUCGGGGACCCUGAAUGGGUUUGACCAAAAAGUAACUGUCAAGGUGACCUUAAAUCUGAGAUCCUGCAUAGAAUAGUUCAAAUGUUAUCCAAACGGACCACAGUUGAGGGGUCUCCACAUGAACUGAUUUCUCACAUCAUCCAUUCGAUUCUAUGCAGAAUUUCUUCGGAGAAGGCGGGUUGUCUUUUUUUUUGAGGGGGGGGUUCUGGAUACGAGUGUGUGAGUUUGGUCUGUGCCAAGUUGCUCUUGUGCAAUAAACCACUGGCUGUAGGGUACCAGUAGUACUAACCUGCUAAAGAGGGCUGCCAGUUUUUAUGAAAUGAGCAUCACAAUACUAUAUUUAUUUAUAUAUUUAUUUUGAAUAAAUGUUUUGACUAAUCACGUUUUCCCUCUGGCAACAAGCGCCAACAAUGCUGCUAAAAUUUAAUCAGUCCCUGUUAGAUUGGGCACAUUUGGUCUAAUUUUUACAAGCAUUAAAGUAUGUAUGGGUGUACAAAGCUAACUAUUACAUGUGCAUACAUAUGAAUAUAUAUUGAUGCAAUAUUAUUGAAUUUUAAAUGUGAAUCUUGACCAAAAUGAAAUGUCUGAAUGUGUUUACAAAAUUGUCUCACCACGACGUCACAAAACUUUGUUGUAUAUUAACACUUUAAAAUUGUUUAACGACCUAUAAGGAUCUAUUCAUGUUGCACUUUGUAUAAAUCUCUGGAUUUCUGUUUACUAAUGAUUGCACUUCCUUUUACAUUUGACCUUCUAUAUAAAAUGUAUUGUUAAUUUGUUUUUUGAAGAUGUCACAGUUAAACACGGCAUAAUGUAG